UAAUGAAGUGUUCUUAACUCCUCUGUUAAAAAUGCUCAUUGACAGAUGUGAUACAUGCAUGGUUUUAUUACUAAAUAGCAAAAAUUGUAAUGUGUGUUUAUUUUUUAUAAAAGAAGCUUUACACUAGAAAUAAAAGAGAGUACAGAAACAUUUACCUCAGUGCAAGGAAAAAUAAAGGGACUGUAUCUUGUAAUAACGAGGAUGUUAAAUAAAACUUUGUAAUAUCUGGAUUAUAUGGCCUCAUCUUAACAUCAUAAUUUAUCAAGAAGUUCAAGAUGACCCUCCAGCAAAAAAAAAAACAAAAAACAAAAAAAAAAUCCUCAUUGCCCUCCUCCCUCCCCUCCUGUAUCCUGAAUUCUUCCUUUCUAUGGAUCAAGCCCUGCAUCAACUGGAAAAAUGUGUAGAUUGCCCAGAAGGGGGUCGGGCUUUUCUCCUAAAUGGGCAGAUGGCAAGUGAACAUAACUAUUCUGACAUUUUGAAGCUUUGUUUCUUCAAGGAGGAGCAGGCCCUCCCAAGGGAAAGAGAAUCUUGAAGGCCAAUGAAUGUGAGCAAUUUCAGAAGUCAUAAUAAUCUAAUAAUGAUGCUCUUCCAGGAAGUUGUUUUCCAGUAAAUGGAUAGGUCACCGGGAUGUAAUUUAGUUACAAUGUUUCUUAAUCAUAUAUGCAUGCAAUGUAUCCUUCUUUUUUUAUUUUUGGUCUCCAACCUCUCCAUAAGUCAUCUCAAAUUUUGUGCAUUUCCUGAUUUUUAAAAACUAAAUUGGGAACCCUUCUAGAUGGCUUUAAGAUGUCUGCAAGGGAUGUUUUUUUUAUUUUUAUUUUGACUAUUUAUUUCAAAAUACCACACACUAAGAAAUAAGAGUCCUUGAAUUUUUUUCCUAAACACUAUUCACUAUUUGUUGCCAUCAGUUGCAGCCCUGUUAGAUACUUGCUUUAAAGGGAACUGUGCAACGUUUUCAUAUUUUUAUAUCAUUUUCUUGAGUCAGUAUGUGCUAAAAUGACCCUUUACAGGGUUAAUUAAAUGUCACCCAGCCCUCUCUGCCCUCUCUAGCCAGAAUACCACAAUUCAGAGUAUCUGGCCUGCUCCCAUGAAGUCACGUAUCUUGCACGCAGCAGCAGCCUGCGAUCCAUGUUACACCUCAGAACAGGCAAGCUACACCUGAUUAGCAUUUAUUGUAACGUGUUCAUCGGUGCCAGAAAGUAAAUUUAAGAUAAUGUUAGCUUGAUAUUUGAGCUUCCGUUGCUAUCUGCUAAUUGUGCGUUCGCUCUCCCCUCGGUACUUGGACAUUUUGAGUAGGCAGAGAGAAAGAACUCUACAGUUUGGCUUCGCUUCACUAAAUAUGAUGGGUGACUGGGUGAUGAUGACAACAGCUACAACAAUCUGAGACAUCAUCAUCUUAAUCUGCUCCAGCAGGUAAAUAAACUGUUUAAGAUAAUAUUAGCAUGUUACUUUAGCUGCUAUCAGCUAACGGUAAGUUCGCUUCUUCCUUGUAACUCGGAAAUUCCAACUUCAGAGUAUGAAAAAUCAACAGUUUGAAAAUGAACAGCAAAAGGAAUGAAGAUACACAGUAAAUUUAGUUCACAGCAAAGAUGUUUGCUUCUGUUUAGUUAGCUGUUUUUAAGAUUACAAGGACCCACUCAUCACACAGUUUGUCCAGAGGGGAAAGGAGAGGAAAAGGAGUACAUGGAGCUGGGUUUAGUUUGUGAAACACCACAAUAUUAAAAUACAAACAAUUGUAGGGUAUCAAAGUUUGUUUUAGUUUCAUUUGUAGUUUAUAGUUUAUAAUACAUGGUCUCCUCAUCAUAGUUAUUCCAGAAGGCAGAGAAGAGGUUUAGGAGUACAUGGAGCUGUUUUUAUUUAUUUAUUUAUUUAUUUUGCAUCAUUUAGAAACAGUUGUGGUUAAAAGUUUUCAUAUUGAAGAAUUUUGUACAUCACUACGAUGAUAAAAUACAAACAAUUGUUAUUUAUCAUGAUAUUUAUCCAAUAUGGUUAAAUAUUGAGAAAAAAUGUUUAAUUCAAAAAGAGAUUGAAUUAAUUAUUAAACACUCAAUGUAUCAAAUUGGUACUGUUAAGCACCCGUAUCGAUUCCUAGGUACUGGGAAUUGGUACCGAGUCGAUUAAAAUGUGAAAGUUACCCAUCUCUACCCGUCUGUGGUCACCAAGCGCUCUGGCUAACUCUCUUAGUUAAUAGUAAAAUGACUAGCCGACAUGCUGGAGCCUGCGUCCAGCAUGUUUCCUGCAAGUUUUAGAUCAUGAACACAGAUUAUAUGAUUAUUUGGGGAUGCAUCACUCCCGUAGAACGUAAUGAAGGCUGAGGAGACAUUUAAUCUGUUAGAUUAAUAUGAACACACAGCAAGGAGGAAAGUUCCAGUUUCGUUUUUAAUGACGGGCGAUUGGAGUAGACUAGAGGGAGAUACAGGCAUGCUCAAACUACAGAAUGAAUUUUUUUAAACAUGUUUUGUUGGAUUGAAGGCAGGUCAGGUCAUCACUUUUUACAUUUUAGCCUGAAACUUUUUCAGGAUUUUGAUCUAUGUGGUACAAAUGGUUAACCCCCAGAGACCCACGGUUGUAAUAUUACAACAUCAGAUUUAAGUCUACAAAAAUAAACCAUCCCCAUUUAUUUUUAUUUUUAAAACCACAUUUACAUUGCUAAUAGGUCCUAUUGUUCAGUUCUGCAACACUAUUGGCUGUUAAAAUGUGUAAAUAGGCGCGUUUAUCUGGCCUCCUAGAACAACAUGUGAAAGGUUAAAAAAAGAUUUUGCAGUUGUUUUCUAAAUUUGGGUUUCUGGGGGUUAAUUGAUAUUUGGUUCCAUGCAUUUCAUUUUGCCCCUGUUUUUGUUGGUUAUCUUUUUAUAGUAUCUUUUUUCAGUAAGUUGGAAGCAUUCGUACUAUGCUUUUCAGACCUUGGUUCUGCAAGUAGCUCACUAUCAGCACUGUUAGGUGGAAGCCUUUCCAUUUUAGGUGGGAAGCCACUGUAGCUCUGAUUAUUGGUACUUUGGCUCAUUCUUUACCUUCUGAUUACUGCUGCACCUGUGUCUGCUCUGAUUUGUACUCUGUAUGAUCUUUUUUCCACCUUUUAAACUUACAAUCAGACUUUCAGUGGGUCCAAGAUGCAAUCAAGUACAUCCUAAAAAGGUUUUAAAUGGCUGUGAUUUUGUUCAUUAGAAUCAGACAAUCUUCAUGCAACAACCAUGAUGCAAAAAAGUCUUGAAUGAUUGUAAAACCAUGGUUGAUUACACCAUUAGUUUAAUUCUACUUGAUAUGUGUUUGCACUCACUUUUAACUUGUGGUUUUUAACAACAUUUUAUGCUUUGCUAAGAUUGUAGAAAAUAAAAGUUUAGAGUUAGAUUCUGUCUGAUUCUGUUGUGCAUCGCAUGCAAACAGUCAUUUCUCGUAGCUCAGCAGCAGCAGCUGCAGCAGACAGACAGAGGGGGGCGAAGGACGGUGCGAGUUAGCACAGAGAGAGACAGGCGCUCUCAUCAGUGACGGGCUCACUGGCUGUGUGGACAGAGCUGUGGCGCAGGAGGAGGAGAAGCGAUGCAACGGGGGGGAAAAGCUGCCUGAAAACUGGAGGAAAAUGAGCGAGAGAGGGAGGCGGGAUAAACAGAGCGAUCACAGAGGAGAGAGAAGUCAUUCAAAGCAGAGAGAAGGAGAAAGCUGGAAGACGAGGAUACAGAGGGAGGAAAACACACAGAGAAGCCUUUCCUAACGAGCAGAGAAACAAGAAAGUGUGUGCGCAAAGUGGAAAAGGAGAAGAGGAGGAAGAGAAGGGGAAGCCCAGCAGAAGGUUAGGACCAACGCUUAACUAGCAGAAGAGGAGGAGGAGCGUGAUACCAAGUUGAUAGAUUUGAUUUGGAUUGAGUGUUUUUAGGAAGAAGAGCGAAGACAUGAGAGGAAUAUUGAGAUGAGAGAUGCUGCCUCUGAGUCGGGAGCAGAACUAGAGAGGAAGAGGAGGAAGAGAGACUACCGGGAGACGGAUACCAAACAGUGAGAUGCUGAGAUCAGAGAGUCAAAGAACAGAUUAGCUCUGGUCUGCUGUUCCGCAGCAAACAGCUGUGCAUGAGUGUGCAUCUCUUUUUGUCCACGUGAAAGUGUCCGGUACGGCUCUAACGGGGAUGCCGAACAGCAGAUCACUACGAGAUGAAACCAGCAUGUUGUCACCUGAAGGAGCCAAUAACCAGCUAAAGCUGAGCCCCUGGAGGGAUGAGACGUCAAAGAGUCAAUGUGGGACAGGAAGCAAAUGAACGUUGGAGACUUUUGUCAAUGAGAGUUUUGACUUUGGUAAGGAGCUGAUUACGACGUCUGACUGACAAACACCUCUGCAAGCCAGCGAAGCUCAAAAGCACAUUGUUACAACUGAAAGGAGAAGAAAGCACUUUGGUGGAACAAGACAAGCCCUCAGUCAGCAGACUACACCUCUCCAACCAACCCCCCACCAUCAUUUCAUUACCUUAAUUAUCUCCUUCUCUUUCAUUUGCUUUCUGUCCUCUUUGCUUAGGCGCUAGUAUUUUGUAUUCAGCCUCCUUCUUUCCUCUCUCCUCCCCUGCCUCUUCCUCUUUCAUUCUCUCUCUCUCUCUCACUCUGUCUCAUCACCUCUUGGUUACUGUCACACUAACUGCCGUGGAUGCAGGGCUCACUCAUGUAGAAGACACCUUGCUUAGAGCGUAUUUCCCUCAGUUUUUUUCUCUUUCUUCCCCUGCUGAGGUAGAUGAUUGGAAAAAUGCUGUGAGACAUGAAGUGAAGACCAACAAGUAGCUGCUGCUGAGUUCUUCACACCUGCAGCGCCAGGAGAGGACUUCAGAGUGUAGCAUUCAUGUAAGGGUUCUUUCAAAUGUUCAUGCCAUAUCAUUGUGGGUAUCCCUGCAUGGGGUAAUAGUGGUUCUAAGGCCAGACGCAUAUGCAUGUGUGGAUUACAGCAGUGGAUUUAUCCUGGAGCUACAUGUGGACCCCGGCCCCUGAGGCCUGGCUGGGAAAUGAUGCCUCUCCUGCGGUUGUAGGAGCACUGUGGGCAGCAAUGGCCCUUGAGGGGCACUGUCUCCGUAGGGGUUCCCCGGCCAUGAUCAGGAAGGGACGUAAGCGACGUCACACAAAGCCAAGUCUGGCUCAGAUCACAUCCACGCUGCUGUCAAGGACACGUCUACAUGGCCUGCGGCAUGUUUGCGUCCCUGGUGGCUCCGUUGGCCGCAGGGCCUUCUGGUUGUUGGCCCUCUGCACCUCCCUGGGGUUGCUUUUAUCCUGGUCCUCCAACCGUCUGCUCCACUGGCUCUCUUUUCCCACCUACACACGAGUCCACACCGAAUGGGCCAAAGAACUGGCUUUUCCUGCUGUCACUGUUUGCAACAACAAUCCUGUUCGCCUCUACAAACUCUCAAAGAGCGACCUGUACUUCGCUGGCCACUGGCUUGGCCUGCUGCUGGCUAACCGGACAGUGAGACCCAUGGUUCUGGACCUACUGCAGGAGGAUCGCCGGGCCUGGUUCAGAAAACUCUCAGACUUCAGGCUAUUUCUGCCACCCAGAAACUUUGAAGGAACCAAUCUAGACUUUAUGGACCGACUCAGCCACCAGCUGGAUGAAAUGCUUCUUUCCUGCAAAUACAAGGGAGAGCCCUGUGGAGCGCACAACUUCUCCUCCGUGUUCACCAGGUAUGGGAAGUGCUACAUGUUUAAUGCUGCAGAGGAGGGGAAGACACUUCGCACCACCAUGAAAGGAGGGACAGGAAACGGCCUGGAGAUCAUGUUGGACAUCCAGCAGGACGAGUACCUGCCGGUGUGGGGCGACACAGAGGACACAGCAUUUGAGGCGGGCGUUCGGGUGCAGAUCCACAGCCAGGCGGAGCCCCCGUUUGUUCAUGAGCUUGGUUUUGGUGUGGCCCCUGGAUUCCAAACCUUUGUGGCCACACAGGAACAGAGGCUGACCUACCUGCCUCCCCCGUGGGGAGAGUGUGAGUCCAAAGCGCUGGAGUCAGGCUUCUUCCAGGUCUACAGCGUAACCGCCUGCAGGAUCGACUGUGAAACGCGCUACAUUGUGGAGAACUGCAACUGCAGGAUGGUUCACAUGCCCGGUGAUGCUUCAUACUGCACACCUGAGCAGUACAAAGACUGUGCAGAGCCUGCUUUGGCUAAGCUGUCGGCCGUGGAGAGCAGCAACUGCAUGUGCAGGACACCGUGCAACAUGACCCGAUACAACAAAGAGCUGUCCAUGGUCAAAAUCCCCAGCAAAACAUCUGCACGCUACCUGCAGAAGAAGUUCAACAAGUCAGAGAAAUACAUCACAGACAACAUCUUGGUGCUGGAUGUGUUCUUUGAAGCUCUGAACUACGAGACCAUCGAGCAGAAAAAAGCCUACGAGGUGGCGGGUUUACUGGGUGAUAUUGGAGGACAGAUGGGUUUGUUCAUCGGAGCUAGCAUCCUCACCAUCUUAGAGCUGUUCGACUAUGCUUACGAGGUGGUGAAGGACAGACUAUUGGACCUCUUGAGCAGAGAGGAGGAGGAUGAGAGUCACGCAGAGGACGUGAGUUCCUGUGACCCGGUGGCGAACCACUCAGAGUCCAUCAGCCACACCGUGACAGUCCCCCUUCAGACGACUUUGGGCACCCUGGAGGAAAUUGCCUGCUGAAGCCUACCUGCUCCCUUGCCUCCCCCAUCCAGC